AUGUCAUACCCUAUAGAAAACAGCUCUGCCCAACAAACCCACGCUUCAAACAGCAAUAUUAGCUAUUUUACAAAUAGAAGCGGCUUCAGACUAACCUGCAACAUUUCAAUAAAAAAGCCAGAUGACAAAAAGAUCUGAAUCAUUACGCAGAUGUGACCACCUGAAGUGUUUAUCAUUUGUGAGUUUUUACAUGAGAAUUUAACUGCAAAUACAUUUAAAUUCAAUUUUACUGGAGAAGGGGACAGCCAAGGUGAAUUUACAUUUGCUGGCUAUAUUAGGGCUGCAAAUGAUCUUGAUGAUGCUGUUCACUUUUUAGUUGAAAGAGGCUUUGAUGUCGAAGGAAUAAUUGGAAUAUCAAUGUGUGCAAAUUCUCCUAUCAUUUAUUCUGCCUUAUACGGCCAAGUUAAAAAUAUUGUAACUCUUUCUGCAAGGUACCGCAUGACAGUUCUGCCAGACUUUUUACAAGAAGUAUAUGAAGUUGUAAGACAAAAUAGAGAAAUUGUGCAUAAUGCUUUUGGAAAACAGUUAAGAUUGACGUGGGAGAUGAUUGAAGAAACCAUAAAUGUAGACAUGAAAUAUUAUUGCGAGAGGGUUCAAGGAGAUAUUUAUAUUAUCCAUGGCGACAAUGAUGAAAUUUGCCCUUAUGCAGACUCUUUGGAGUAUGUAAAUGCCUUAAAAGGAAAAUGCAGAGGACAUUUUACGUUAGGCUGCGAUCAUGUAUACUUUGGAGUUUUUGAUGAAGUAGCAGAAAUUAUUGAGCAAAUUAUGUCUAAAUAA